GGGGCGUCUCGUGCGGGGAGGUGCGGCGCGGCGCGGCGCGAACUUGUUUUGCGUGGCUUGAGUGUGAGUGUUGUUGUGCUGCGCGGCUGAAUGUCGGGAUUGCGCUUCCCGUUUGACAAGGAGGAGGGGAAAGAAGGAGAGAGCGAGAGAGAGAGAGAAAGAGAGAGAGAAGCAGAAGUGCUCACACGUCGUAUGACAAGGAUGCGGAUCUCUGGACUCGGCUUUUCGACGGAAUAAAUGCCAUCGGCGGUGAGGACGGCAGUGACAGAAAUACACCCACUCAAAUGCAAACAUUCAUAUCCGCUGUAUCACUUGGUGGCUCUCAUUCAUGCUGUAGCUGUGAAGAGCAGGAGGACUCGGGUGGAGGAUUGCACUGCCUUCUGGCUCUCCUCUUCCACACACUGUUGUGUUUGAACAGCUGACACAAAGCGGAAUUACAAGACUGUUUUUACUGGCCUCUGCAGUGUGGUCAUAUGACAACGUGGGAGAAAGAAGGGCUUGAACACCUGCUCAUUUCAGUGGAGAAAGUCAUUCAAAAAUAGUCUGUGAUUUCCUCUUCUUUCCAAGUGCCAAAGGAAUGAUACAAUGACGAAUUUGUGUUGGGAUGUAGGAGUAUCAGCAUAGGAAAGACAUCUGCUCUUCUUUGAUCCAGUUUAAUUUCCUCAUCUGAUGAAUGAAUUUUGACAUAAACCAGUGCAUACUUGUACAUACUUUGCAAGUCAUGUGCUAUCUUUCUCUAGAUGUUUCUGUGCUGUGGGAAAUAAUGCUAAGGAGUAAGGUGGUCACAAAGGCAUUCCCAGUGUGUCCGUAAGGCUUUCUCCCUACAUUCUAUGGAGGCAGAGCAUAGCAGGCCGUCUGAUGGGGAGCGAUCUGGUGGACAACAGCAAUCUGUAUCUGAAUCUUCAUUUAGGGGUAGGCUUCCUCAAGUACAGGAACAGUCUACCUCACUACCAAUCCAUGGAUCACAUGGCCGGCAUCAAAAAAGGCAGCCAAAACGGCGUGAUUUACUCCAGAGGCAACAGCAACAGCAGUCUCAGAUGGGGGAAGCUUGGCAACUACAAGAUGUCCCAGGCCCCUCUGGAGGCAGCUAUUCUACAUCAUCUCUUGAAUCCUCUACCCAAGUCCCUCAUCUUCAGAGUAUUCCAUCUUGCCCCAGUCAGGAAUUACAAGAAGGCACAGCAUCUAGAAGGGAACGUAAGCCCCAAAAACCAGGGAAGUAUGUGUGCUCAUACUGUGGCAGGCCAUGUGCAAAACCCAGUGUGCUCCAAAAACAUAUCCGGUCCCAUACAGGAGAAAGACCCUAUCCUUGUGUCCCUUGUAGUUUCUCAUUUAAGACAAAAAGUAAUCUGUACAAACAUCGUAAAUCCCAUGCCCAUCGAAUAAAAGCUGGCUUGGCAUCUAGACGUGAAGAGUACAGUUUCAGUGGAGCUGAAGGUGGUACAGUAGGAGACGAACAGGAGGAAGCAACAGAAGCAGAUAGCACAGAGUCUGAAGAUGAGACUGGGCAGCAUCAGCCAUCUUCUUCUCAAGACAGGCCAGCUCUAAGAAAAAGCUCCAAGGUUGAAAUCUCAUUUUCAGAAGAAGGACCAAAAACAGAGGACUCCCAGGCAAUCAAACAGAGGUUAGCAAUGCGACUCAGCGAAAGGAAAAGAGUUCCCAUGGAAUCACCAGAUGAGAGCCCAUCGUCUUCACUGGGUCCUGGUAGUAAGGGUAGUACUGAAUCUGGCUACUUUUCUAGCUGUGGAAGUGCUGAACUAUCCCAGGUGAGCCCUCCUAAUGCCAAUGUUAAAUCCUAUGCUGAAAUUAUUUUAGGAAAGUAUGGACGAUUAGGCCAACAACAGAGAAUUCCACACCAACAUCAUCAGUCAUCAUCUUCAUCAUCUUUGGGACAUGAGGAAAAAUCCAUCCCUUUUACUGUGCCUAAGACGCAAGUCAUUGAACAUAUUACAAAAUUAAUUACAAUAAAUGAAGCUGUAGUUGACACAAGUGAAAUUGACAGUGUCAAACCUAGACGUUCUUCCCUCUCUAGGAGAAGUAGUAUUGAGUCUGCUAAGUUUUCUUCACCAAAAGAUCCAAAGGAAGAUUUGCCUGGUGCUAGUGGCACUACUGGACAAAUUAUUUUAAGUGGCUAUGCUGCUGACUUACAGCAUUCACAGUUAAUUGAAGGAGCACUUUCUAGUCAUUGUCCCAGUGGUGUUCUCUUGAGAAGCCAUUCAGUUCCAUCGUCUAGUGUCAAAGAUGAUCCUACUAGCUCAUCUUCACACAGCUUUCGUCUCAGCCAAUCUUUUGAUGAGCAGCAGGCUGCAUCAGCAGAGCUAAGAGCUGGCCACCAUCAUCGAAUGUUAAGACGCCAGCCUGCCAUUGAAAUGCCAGUUGGUGUUGACCUUACAGCAGAAGCUGGUGUCUGUGUUUCCACAGAAUCAGGAUGGAAGCAGCAAAAGGGAAUGCAACUUUAUGAGUGUGAGAUAUGUGGAACUCACUUAAAGAAACAGGACAGUUAUGAAGCACACAGAGUUUCUUGUAUGAAUAAGCCUUCACAGGAACAACAGUGUGAGAAAAAAGUGGCUGCUGAGCAAGAAGAUCAUCGACAAAUAAUGCACUAUAAGUUUAAAGCAAUGGCUAUGGCUAUACGAAAGAGGAGGAAAGAAGAAAGUCUAGAGGAGGAUCCUCCUAGUCCAGGUCCAGCAGCUAUAUCUUUUAGCAGCCAUCUCCCCACAUCAGGAAUAGGGAAAAAAGAUGAUUUUCAGGGCUUCUCAGGUACUGCACCACAAAUUGAACCAGAAAAAAUUGGCCCUUACAAAGAAAUAUCAGUAAUCCAGCACACCAGCUCCUUUGAAAAACAGGAAAGCAUGUCUGUAGAUGUUCAAGAGUCAGAACCUGAACAUAAACAAGCAGAAGAGCCCAAGCAAACCACCACCACAUCCAGGCUAGUUCGACAACCCAAAAUUCAAGUGCCAGAGAUCUUGGUGACAAAAGAACCAGAUUCUGAGAUGGUUUCACCUCCAGCAAGUACAUAUAUUCCAAAAGAAUUAGAGAAGGAGGAGUUCCAGUGGCCACAGCGUAGUCAAAGUCUGGCUCAGCUCCCCGCAGAGAAGCUACCACCAAAAAAGAAGCGUCUCCGUUUGGCAGAAGCGCCACAGUCAUCAGGAGAAUCUAGCUUUGAAUCAGUAUCCCUACCACGCAGUCCUAGCCAAGAGAGUAAUGUUUCCCACACCUCUAGUCGAUCUACAUCUUUUGACGAAACAGGAAAGAUUGACCCUGAAAUGCAGGCUGGUACAUGGAGCUCCCAGGGGUCUCACAUGCUGACUGUACCAGUUGCCUAUCAACAUUAUCACAGGGAAAUGCAUCGCUCUGCCUCUGAACAGGCUCCUGCAAGUCCACCACACCCUGCACAGAUAGUAGAGACAAGAAGCAAGUCAUUUGACUGUGGAUCCCUGUCUCCAAGACCUACUUCUUCUUCAUGGAAAGAGAGGCGAAAAUGUCUCUUGGUGAAACAUGCAACCCUUGAGAAGCCUGAUCAGGAAGAAUCAUCAUCAAGCAUCCAACAGGCUUAUUCUGGCCAUGCUGCCCUCACAGUUAGUGAUCACAGAGCAAGCACCACUUCUAGACUUAGCCCAGACACUUUGGGUAAAACUCUGCAGCUUUUUCAGACUCCCCUUCCUCUUCCAACUACAGUGUACCCUCUGACUAGUCCAGAAACCUUUUCCUCACAUCAGAUAACUGGACUUCUACCAGUCACAACAAUAUCCGAAGUCCUUUCUAGUCAUAUGCUUCAGCAGGCUCUCAUACAAACAGUGCCAUCUUCAUUUCAUCCAAGACCACUUCAUUUAGCUGAGCACCUAAGCCUUCCUGUUCAGCCAUUUCCUACUUUGCUCUCUCUGCAGUACCCGACAAGUGGUCUAAUCCUUCAGGAUCCCUUGGCUUCACCACUUGGCGAGUCCAGUUCUUCUCCUUCCACUACACAUAAAAGAGGUUCUCCAUAUCACCAUCUUGUCGCUCGGCACCAGCCUCGCCCCAUCAUUGCUACUUGCCUUGAGCAGCUUAGGCCAGUGGUGUCAUUGGUGGUGCCUGUGCGCUUACAGACUCACAUUCCUACUUAUGCUAGUGCCAUGUACACAACUAUUUCACAAAUUUUAGCCACAACACGGUCUCAGCAACCAAUUUGCUGUACAGCCAUGGUCAUCAUGGAGAAACUUGAGGGCACUAAAGUUCAGAGAUCUUACCUUAGGCUCCCUACUCCUAAUCUUAAGACCUGCAUACCUUUAUCCCUUCCUUUAGAAUUUCGACCAGAAUCUGCAUCUGAUGAUAACUGUGGGCCACUUUGUGCUGGGGGAAAUAAACGAAUGCUUUCCCCAGCAGGUAGUCUAGAACUCAGCUUAGAGGCACAACGGCAACAGAAACGAAUUAAGGAGGAGGAGGAAGCAGAAGAAAGUGGAGAAGAAAGUAAAAGUUGCGAGAAAUGUCUGGAGGAAAACCCAGGAACAAACAAGGGGGCACUAAGGAACAGAAAAGGAGUAGAGGUAGUUGUGGAGAAGGAACAAGAGGGGGAAGGAAAGAAAACUGAAUUUGUGGUCAAUAAGCCAGAGAUUUCCCAGGUGGAAAUUGGACUUAAAAAAGAGGAACGUCAGGAAGAGGGCCACAGAUGUGUAUCAGUGGUUGAGAUUCCAGAGAGAUCUACAGAUUCCACUGACCCUUUAUACCCCAGUCUUCACACCAGUACAUCAGUGAGCUGGUGCUACCUGAAUUAUUUGAAGCCUAACCCAUCAGCCCACACAAAUCCACAAACAUCGGUUUAUUCCUCUUGGAGUGUAAGCAUGUAUAACCCCAAUCUACCUGGUCUGUCCACCAAAAUAGUAAUGUCACUACUGUGUUCUAAGCAAAUGUACAGCUCUGCGGUGUACACCAUGGCUACCACACCACCUCUGACAACUGACAAGCUGGUUGGCAACAAAACACCCAGGGUAUCAGAGGUACAUGCCAAAACACUGAGCACUCCUGUUAAAGAGAAAGAAGAGCCUCAAACUAAGAGGGUUGAGAAAGAAGUGAGAAGUACAGAGGAAACUCCUACCACCUCAAAGCACAGUGAGCCACUACGUGUUUGCAUCUUUGAGGGAGGGUAUAAGUCUAAUGAAGAGUAUGUAUAUGUGAGAGGAAGAGGGAGGGGGAAGUAUGUGUGUAGUGAGUGCGGGAUCCGCUGUAAAAAGCCGAGCAUGCUGAAGAAACACAUCCGCACUCACACAGAUAUCCGUCCCUACAUCUGUAAGCACUGCAACUUUGCCUUCAAAACUAAAGGGAACCUCACUAAACACAUGAAAUCGAAGGCACAUGGUAAGAAAUGUCUGGAGAAGGGCGUGUCUGAAUCAUCUGUAGAUGAGCUGGACACUGACGAACCAGGGACCAGUGAGGGGCAAGUAUAUGAGUCAGAGGAUCAAGAGGAGCACCAGUUCUCUGAUAUUGAAGACUCUGAAGAUGAGGAUGAUGAUGAUAACGAAGAAGAAGAAGAGGAGUUCUCCUCCCAUGAUGACGCUCCUUCGUCCUGCUCUACAGAUACCCACCAGUCAGACAGUGGUCCAGGCUCACAGACAGGUCGCUCAAGCCUUACAGUUUCAGAAAAAGAAGAAAGAGAAAAGCAGCUCUCUCCUGUCCAAGCGUGGAGGAGUGGACACGCUAUAUCUCCAGACACCAAGAGGGCACUCUUCUCCUCUAAGGCCUGGGAGCAUUCUCCACAAACCUUCUCGCCUACUAGUGAAGGCUCGCCUCUCCGGAGUGUGUCACCCAGGCUGGAACUGUCGUCUCCCUGUCGACAUCUUUCCCCAUCCCCUGAAAGAGGACCAUCUCCUCUUACAGCAUCCCCGCUCAGGUCUUUCUCCCCACUGCGGCCUCUUUCUCCUGCCCGCUACAGGAGCUCCAGAGCACGACUCUCUCCAACCCCAUUCAAAACACAACACAGAGCCCACAGCUCUCCUGGGUACUUCCACUGGGAACCAAGCACUAAGCCUAGAGAAAGCCAGCAGGAGAGGCCUAGUACACCCAGUACCGCACAGACUUCACAGAGGUUGAGCCCUCCACAUGCCAGCCUGGUGCCCUCUGCCCUACACUUCCCUCACAGUGACCCGCCUACCCAUGUACCAGCCCCAUCAAGAACUAUGGACCGCAUGUUCAGCCACCUCCCCUUGCAUUCACAGCAGCAGGCCCGCAUGCCUUACCACAUGAUCCCAAUAGGAGGAAUCCAGAUGGUACAGCUGAGGCCCAGAUCCUGCCCCAAACUGGAGCGAGCUUCCUCUUCCACCCAAUCCCCAAUCUCUCCCAAAGAGGAGUUUACGUUCUCCCUAAGCAAAAGCUCAUGGAGCACACCAUGGAACGUGCAAUCUGAAACAAGCCAGAGUGUCAGUGGGACACAUACCCUGGAACAGGAAUCCAGGCCAUUAGGGCUGCACUGUCCUGCUACAAGCUCCACAACAGCCAAAUCUUCUCCACCAUUUGACUCCGGUAAGCAAAACAAGAAAAAAAAUAGUAAACAAUAUGGCAGCUCAUGGCCCUCCAAGACUCAUACCAUUGUUCCCGAGAGAUCUCAAGAAGAGGGCCAAGAUACCCUUGAAGGAGACAAGAGGAGCUCUGCAGGCUCUGAGAAGGGAUCCAGGGUCUCCUUGCCCAGAAAGAGUGAACAAUCAGAGCCAGAGGAGCCCAAGGAAGGCCAGUCCAAAAAUGACCCAGUUUCAGAAGGGACUGCCGAAGAGAAAUCUGUCCACUCAGAUCAGAGCCAGGAUAGCAACCCAGACAGCACUUAAUAGCCUUGGGGCUUAAUCUCAAAAUCAAUUGAUUUAUUAUUAUUCUUUUUGUUUUGUAAUGCUACAUUUUUAUACAACUUUUCAAUACUGUUGGUAUCUUGGUAUAUGUUUGUUUUUGCAAUAUUCAAGAUUGAAAUACGAUGCACUUUCCCGUUGGACAAAACAAUGUUUCUGUAAAAACCGAUCAGUUCUGUCCCUGAGUAUUUACUGACAUUACAUUCAAUCCUAAUGUAUCUAUUUAAAUGUCUAUGUAAAAUACUUCUUAAUAUUAACGAUGAUUAUAAACAUUUAUAAAUGACCAAGUUGAAUACUUAAACCAAGAGUAAUUCCAAUAUCUUGUCCCUUGUUCCAGUAUUACUCAAAAUAUAGUUGUGUGCCUUUCCUGUGAGGAUUUCUUGCUCGAAGUGUAAAGAUGAAAGGUUGUGAAUUCUUUUAUAAAUAUAUGAUUUGUGUUUCAGUUGGUAUUUGUACAAUAGAGUUUUUCUAAACGCAAGUCAGGGUAAAAGAAAGCAGUUUGUACUGAAGUCCGAGAUGGAGUGCAAAGGAUUUGCAAUGAAAUUGCACUGAAGUCAUAUUUUUUAUAUUGAUAACAAGAUAUGCUAUGCUAUUGUGUAUAGAUAAGAGGUUUAUGAUCCAUAUUUAUUGCCAUUUGAAAAUAUGGAAAACGUUUUGUUUAGUUUUGACAAUUUUUUUUAAUGAAAUUUUUAUUCUUUACAAAUUUCGUUGACGUAUAUUUCUGUUACGUUCUGAAGACUUGAAUUAAAGAAACUGGACAGGGUGAUGGGAAAGUUGGUCAACAGCUAUGGGAUUGGAUGUAUCAAGAGCCUUCCAAAAUUUGUCACAGGUAUGUAUUAUUCCUGAACCAAUAAAGGUGCACCAGGAAUUA